AUGCAGGCGCCAAAGGAGGACGACGACGGCAGGGGUGGAGUGGACGGCGGUGCUGGGCCACCUGAUGGCCCAGAGGGCGCCGUGGGCUCUGGAGACCAGAACAACCCCAGAGAGGAAAUCCCUGCUGCUGAGGGAGACCCCCAGGUCGAGAGGGCCUCGCGGGCCUCGCGGGCCUCGCGCCCCUUGAGGACCUCGCGGGCCUCGCGGGCCUCGCGGGUCUCAGGGCAGGCUGCAGUGGAUUCCACCUCCCACAGACGCCAGAGAACUCGAGUGUCGGAGUUGUAUCUUUUCCAUGGAGCCCCCUCCCGUGGGAGGAAAGGCAAUCUCACGGUGCCUUUCCUGUCCUACGUGGAUGCGGAGGUGGCCCGCAGGUACCUCUUGGCAGGUGCUGAGACCUACCACGGGAGGGUUCACUUGAACCUCUCGGUGACUGACUGCGACCUGUUUAUCCGAUUAACAUCUGAGGACGCUGACCUCCUGCAGAUUUCUACUGCUUCGUUGCUCCACCGGCUUUCCAUAGUGGUGCAGACCAUGCAGCACUUCGUCCCCCAGUUUUGCUGUAAAUGUCAGACCCAAAAGGGGCCUUGAGGCCACAGGAGUGUCCUGUCCCGGGAAAUACAUCCUUCCCUGGGGCCAUGGUUUUUGCAGUAGCUGCGGUUUGAUUUGGGGAGGGGGGUUCGUUUGCUGUUUGCCUACACCAGCCCUGGGGCACUCUCUGCCCUCUUGUUUAAUUGUUGC